UGAAAGUCUUUUUUAUAACUCGCGCACCGGUGACAGUUACAAUUAUUAUAGGGGAACAAAAGGGGAGCGCGGGAGAUAUAUGAACGUUAUUCACUCCCGUUGACCCGGAGUGGGGCGUGACAUUGGGAUGUUCCGUUUACAACCUUAAACAAUAUAGGGUCAUUAACAGGAUCCGUUGCCAAGUGCAAAUCCCCGGUGGCGCGUCUCGUGAGCAGAGAAGCGCUUGACGCGUUCAAGCUUUCCUUUAUAUAGGAGCGCGUGGCGCCGCCUCCUUUCUCAUCCACGGAGAGCAGUCGGUGUGUGCAGUUGUAAUCCAUCCAGAGUAAUUCACUUGCGUGGAGAAGGCGGACCAAUAAGGGCGUGAAGGCAAACAAAAGAGACACGGAUAACGGAAAAGACACCAGACGGGAGCAGCACGCGGAGACGAGGGUCACAACCGCUCAGUUUUAUCAGUCUAACAACACGGGACUCCAUUCAAUCAUUGGCAUUCAUGAAGAUGAGCACUGCGAGACCGUCCGAACCGGGACCGUUAGAGGAGAUGUUGCGGAUGAUGGUGAUGCACGAGGCGCUCACGGGCAGCGAUGCUCGCCGUUACGGUUUCCCGGUGGCUUGUGUAGAAUGAGAGUUUGGGUCAGUGUGCAGAAAUGUCGGUGCCUUUGCUGAAGAUCGGUGUGGUGCUCAGCACCAUGGCAAUGAUCACCAACUGGAUGUCCCAGACACUGCCAUCGCUAGUGGGGCUCAACACCACCAAACUGACCGCGGCGCAGGGCGGCUAUCCAGACCGGAGUAUAGGAGUUUUACCCGCCAACCCUGAGGAGUCCUGGCAGGUGUACAGCUCGGCUCAGGACAGCGAGGGCAGGUGUGUGUGUACGGUCGUCGCACCUCAGCAGACCAUGUGCUCAAGAGAUGCCCGCACCAAACAACUCCGCCAGCUACUGGAGAAGGUGCAAAACAUGACACAAUCAAUCCAAGUAUUGGACCAGCGGACUCAGAGGGACCUGCAGUACGUGGUGAAGAUGGAAGAUCAACUCCGUGGCCUGGAGACCAAAUUCAGACAGGUGGAGGAGAACCACAAACAAAACAUCGCCAAGCAAUACAAGGCCAUAAAGGCAAAAAUGGCGGAGCUGCGUCCGCUGAUCCCCGUACUGGAGGAGUACAAAGCAGACGCGCGGCUGGUUCAGCAGUUUAAGGAGGAGGUGCAGAACUUGACGACCAGCCUCGGUCUCCUCCAGCAGGAGAUGGGAGCCUACGACUACGAUGACCUGCACUCCCGUGUGGUUAGUCUAGAGGAGCGGCUACGCGCGUGCAUGCAGAAGCUCGCGUGUGGUAAGCUGACUGGCAUUAGUGAUGCAAUCACUAUUAAAACAUCCGGGUCUCGGUUCGGAUCCUGGAUGACGGACCCUCUCGCUCCUGAAGGAGACACAAGGGUGUGGUACAUGGACGGUUACCAUAACAACCGCUUUGUGCGGGAGUACAAGUCAAUGGCGGACUUUAUGACGUCGGAUAACUUCACGUCUCACCGGCUGCCGCACCCUUGGUCCGGGACGGGUCAGGUGGUGUACAAUGGCUCCAUUUAUUUUAACAAGUUCCAGAGCAACAUGAUCAUCAAGUUUGACUUCAAGACGUCCACCAUAAGUAAAUCUCAGCGUCUGGACAAUGCGGGCUUCAGCAACACCUACCACUACGCCUGGGGCGGACACUCCGACAUCGACCUCAUGGUGGACGAGGGCGGGCUCUGGGCCAUCUACGCCACCAAUCAGAACGCGGGGAACAUCGUCAUCAGCAAGCUCCACCCUCUCACCCUGCAUAUAAUCCAGACCUGGACGACCAAUCACCCGAGGCGCAGUGCCGGGGAGUCGUUUAUGAUUUGCGGGACGCUCUACGUGACCAACGGCUACUCGGGAGGGACGAAAGUCUAUUACGCCUACCAGACCAACUCCUCGACAUACGAAUACAUCGAUAUCGUUCUGCAGAACAAGUACUCGCACAUCUCUAUGCUGGACUAUAACCCACGAGAUCGCGCACUGUACGCUUGGAAUAACGGACAUCAGGUCCUGUACAAUGUUACGCUUUUCCACGUCAUCCGCUCGGAGCAACUGUAACCUUGGAGGAUUUGGUUGGGAGUAUCUGAAGACAAUCUUUAGGAAUGUUCUUCAACAGAUUGUUACAAAAAUGCUAUGCUGAAUGAAAACUAAACCUGAACAAUAGACAUGUGGAUGGAACAUAGAACACAAAAUCAUAAACAGAUGCCAAAAAAAAUUAAAUAAACAAAGCCACGCCUUUCUUUUUUUACAAAAGGACUUUACUUUAUAGGACACAGUCUGAUC